UGGCAAUACGAGUAGGGAAAAAAUAGUGCAGCCAGCCAAAGCUAAAGUGGCCUCUUCUGGAAAAAUACUGGAGUGGACGCGAGCGGUCCGGUUUGUCUGGGUGUAAACUCGGGUUUCGGGCUUUGAAAAAUGAUCCGGUCAUGGAGGGUGGAGCUGUAGGCCAAGCUGGAGAUGAUUUGAGACGGAAUAUGUUUAGAAAGAAGCUCCUAAAAUGAGCAGCGACAGCUAAGUUUACUUCGCGAGUUUAGCUAGCUCGUACUAGCUAGCUGACGAUAGGAGAGUUUUGUAGAUUAGCUGGUUCUGAUAAACCUGACCUGUAAAUGGAGUGGAUUCAUCAAGAUCUGUCACAAAAUCUGAAAAGUGAUGCUGGGAAACAUAGCCCGGGACCGGGACUCGGUGUUGGAUCGAAAUAUGGCUUCCCGGGUUUGGGCUCGGAUAAGCUGCCGGAGGACUGGUGCGACAGCGGCCUGGAUUCACUCAUCAGCACCGAGUUUAUCAGCAUGGACGGCUCCGACCCGGUCCAGAUCUCCGCGGAACCGUCAGACCCUCCAGAUCCCUGGAGCUCAGUCCGCUGCGGUGUGACUUCAGACGAGACCGAGAGGCUGGACUCCGCCAUCGGGGAUUCGAUCAACGACGAGACGGUGAAGAGUUUGUCUGAGCGCAUCGGUACCGUGAUCCUGAGCGAACCGACCGGUACACUGACACAUCGUCCCGGACCGGAAGUGGACGAUCGACGGAGAGAGGAGAUCUUCAACAUGCUCAGCUUCAUAUCAGAGGACGGAGACACGGCGCUGCACCUGGCACUCAUCCAUGAGCAGUGGGAAUUUUUUCAUCACCUGCUGGAGCUCAUCACCCUGAACCCCACCUGGACACCUUACCUGGACAUCCAGAAUGACCUGGGACAGACGGCGCUGCACAUGGCCGUGAUUGUGGGCCGCGGUGAGUGUGUGCGCGUGCUGCUGAGAGUCGGAGCGAGUGUGGAGCUACAGGACAGAGGAGGAAACACUGCGCUGCACCUGGCCGUGUGUGAGCUCCACGCCGAGUGUGUGAGGGAGUUGACAAACUCGAGACGCACUCUGCCUCAACACCUCAACCUCUACAACUACACAGGAGUCAGCGCUCUGCACAUGGCCGUACAGAAGGGGAGGUGUGACAUCAUCAGCAUGUUGCUGGAUGCCGGAGCCGACGUCAACCAGAUGGAUCAGGGUUCGGGCCGCUCACCGCUGCACUGGGCCGUGGAGUGUCAGAGCUGCUCUGCGGUGGAGCUGCUGCUUCGGCAUGGCGCUAGCGUGGAUCAGCGCUCUUACUCCGGACACACCGCGCUCUACUGUGCCCUCUACAGGCCUGACGCACGUCUGCGGGAGCUACUCCGGAGCGCCGGGGCGUCUGCUGUUGAGGAUGACGAAGAAGAGGACGACGGUGAGGAGGAGGAGGAGGAGGAGGAGGAAGAGCAGAGAGAGAGUGAUGAGGAGGAGUUUGAUGAUGUCAUCAUCAAUGGACAAAGAGUGCUGUAGCUGUCGAGAUGCACGAGACCGGGCAGACUAUCGUCAGCUGAAAGUGUGUGUGUGUGUGUGUGUGUGUGUGUGUGUGUAGCGGUACAGGUUUGACCUCGCCAUGCUGUACAGUUCGAUGCUUAUUAUUGAGUUUUCGGAGCAGUAAAACAGUCUGAAGCUCAGACGGUCAGGACUGCGUGAGGAGACGCUUCAGCGUGUUUUCGCUAACCCUCGGGAUUGUACUGUACGCUUUAGACCGCCAAAAUCAGCCACGCCCGUUUCUGUUUCACACCUGUACACCUCGACGAAGCAGUGGCAGCAAUUAGCUUCUUCAUUCUCUCUCUCAGAUCUUUACACUUCCUAGCCUUGCAGCUCAGCUCAAACACUCGGAGGUGGUGUGCGUCACACGUGUCACACGUGUUGUGGAUGUUCGAAAAAAAAUGCUAAAACUUCUUCAAGGAGCAAAAACAGAGCGUACAACUUCUCCGGACGUAGUCAGUCCGGGAGGCAGGACAUGACGAGUUUAGGACGUCGAAGCUGCGAGGUUCAUACGUCGACACGCAGGCCUCAGAAGCACCGUUUGGAUCAGUGAUGAGUUAAUCAGACACCGAAAAGAAAAUUCAGGACAUUUUCAGAUCAAAAACCCAAAGCACAAAAAAGAGCUGUAUUAUUAUUAUUAUUAUUAUUAUUAUUAUUAUUAUUAUUAUUAUUAUUAUUGAAUUAAUGUUUUGUACUGUUGCAUAGAACAAAAGUGCUAAAUAAAACUAUUACUAAACAAUUAGUUAAUAAAAACAUUCAUGUUAAUUUAAGGUAAUGUAAUAGUCAUUUAAAAAAAAAAGAAUUAAACGGGUCAAUAAUAAGCUUUAAAAAAUUCAGAGCCAUUAAAAACAAAAAAAAAAACUUUUAAUGCUGACAUUUUUUGAAAUGGUUAACAUUUAAAAAAUUCAUUCAUUUAAAAUAAACAAAUAAAUAAAUCAGUAGUUUUAAUUUCUUUAACAUAAAUGAUACUAUUUAAUUGUUUUUUGCUUUAUGGCAGCAGUCCAAAAUAAAAAUGAUUGAUUUUUCAGCAUUUUAUUGACAAGUUUGCCUUUUUUAAAAUUUUUAUUUGUUUUUAAUUGGACGUUGAUCUACAAAACUGGCCUGACAGUAAUUAAAAUUUUUUUUUUUUAAAGUCAUAUAUUAAAUAAUUAUAAGUGGAUAGCGUGCUUUGUAGGUGGUGGGGGAACAAAUCCUCGGGUGAAACUGGGGGCGUUUUUCGGUUGUAAUUGACACUUUUCUGAUUAUUUCCAUCGCUGAUGAAAAAUGUUUGGUGGGCAGAUGUUUGAAUGCAUCUUUCUGUAAGUUAUCAGAGGGGAAUCCGAAUCACGAAAUGAAAUAUACGACCGGACAUGGAGCUUUAUAACCAUCCGAACCACGUCUCACUUCAGGCCACACCUCCUACCUGAGUCUGAGUCCGAGUCCGGCUUCGUGAACCAGCUAGGACUGUUUAUAACUCUACACCAUUUUGUCCAUGGAAAAAAAGUAAUUGUUUUUUUUUUUUUUUUUUUUUUUU